AUGGAUGCCCUGAAGGAAAAGAUCUUUCAGUUUGGAAUAUAUGGACGUGCGCUUGUUCUGAUGGAUAGUAAUGAGCUGGAGGCCAUAGUUGACAAGCCCUGGACAGAGGUUGUGGGCAGGGAUUGCAUAGAACGGCUGAAGAAGGAAUUCACAACAGAUUGUUUAAGAAAGACAUCAAACAGAACAACGAUGGCAGAGCACAGCCAUGGAGACUUGGUUGUAAGGAUGGGCACUUUGGCUUGGAAGGACUAUCUAACAUCUGGAGCAUUCAACUUCACGUCGAAGGAGUACUUCUUGAUAAUGGAUCUUCUGAUAACCUCGAAGGAAUAUAUUGAUAAUGUUGGGAUGAGGAAGCUGGGGCUUGAUCCAAAGAAAAGCCAUUAUUGCAUUAACAGGCUUGCAUCGAAAGGAUUUAUUGAGUAUAAGCCUGCAGAAGGAGAUGAGAAGAAAAGCUUCAUAUACAAGGUUCGGGUGAUUAUUGAUGAAAACGGGGCUGUUAGCCGCUGCACAUCAAUAAAGAAAGGAGAUGCAUGCAAGCUUGAUUGUGAUGAAAGGAAGCGUAUGUUUGAGUAUAGAAUGGAGCUUGGGCUGUAUGACAACAUCCGAGAAAUGAUAGCUACGAAGCGAAGCGGGAUAAUUACGGAAGAUCUGAAGGAAAGGCUUGGGAUUAGCUCGAAGAUUGGAUACAAGCUUCUGAACAAGAUAUUCAAUAAAGAAAAAGAGAUGGUAAGAAAUAGGGAGUUUGAGGGUAGAGUCAGAAGAUACAGAUAUUGCUUGCCAGAAACACAAGGAGGUAGCAAACAGCAGAUAGAGGAGAAUAGUGCAACAGUACACAUGACGUCUGAGAAGCGGAUUGAUGCAAUAAAGAAGCUGAUGGCAAUGAGCCCGAUUCUUCAACUGGAUAAGCAAACAUAUGAAAAGCUACAGGAAAUGACAGGAUGGAAGUAUGAGUUUGAUAGAAGAACGAUAAUUAGGGCAGCCAUUCAUGCUGGGUUUAAGAUAUACAAAAAGAAGGGAAAGGAUAGCAAAUGCAGUAGAUAUGUGAUUGCAAGGAACGAAUGCAUUGAGUCUGAGAUUCGUGUGCAGGAUGCCUCUGACACGGGCAAUGAAGAGAGUAUGACUGAAUUCCAAAGACGAGUCUACAACAUCUUUGUGAACUCUCCUAAGUUUGUGGAGAUGGAUAAUGGAUAUGCUGCUGUAAAGGGAGAACGAUUGAGGAUGUUCCAUGAGUUUUUAGCAAGCAAAAUGAAGAGUGGAGAUGAGCAGCUGGUGUUUGGCUGGGAUGUUAUAAAGCAGAUGAGGGUAAGCCUGCUAUUAUCUGUGAUUCCAUUUAAUCGGAUUGGAUUGAGAGAAUCGCUUUGCAAUGUGUUUAAAAGCGAGAGAAAUAAUUCGGAUGUAGGCGCGAUGGAUAAGGAUGUGAUCAAUGUGCUGCUUGAAAAGGUGAGCGUCGGUGAAAUGAUGGAAAUGAAGCAUUCACCAAGCAUUAAGAAGCUGAUCAGAUUGAAAACAGGAGUGGGCAACUUUGUAUCGCUGCUAAAACAGCUGAAGGAUUGGGGAGUGAUUGAUGCAGAGAUAUCGUGUGAGAGCAUUGUGAUUCGAAGAGUUGCAAACAGCAUUGAUGUAGAUAUAAGAGGAGUAGAUGCGAAAAAGCACAGGGGAUGUGCUCGGCAUGUUUGCUUUGAAAAAAGAAUGAUGUUUUUUGAGAAGAUGAGUGCCGUUGAUGAAGAGCUGUUCUAUGAUGAGGCUUACAAGUACAUUUACGGAGUGUUUAGUGGCGAAGAGCUUGAUGCAAUGAUAGACAAGCUGAAGGUAUUUAAGAGUGAUGAGUCUGAUGAUGGAAAGCAGAGCUCAUUUGAAAGGCUGUAUAUGGGAUUCAAGAAGAACAUUAUUGAGACUGGAUGGCUAGGGACGUUUGACUUCAGCAUGAACUCUGUUUCUGAGGUCAAGAAGGUCCUGAAAGCGCUUUCCAGAGAUAAGAUAAUAGCAAACUACAAGAGUGUGAGGCGAACAGAGUUUGUAACACCACACGAAAGCUUUGCAAGAAUGAUGGCGAAAAAGCACGAUGUUUUUCGAUUCAAGGGAUACCACGAGCACAAGGGGAUGGGAUACUUCUCACACUACUUUGAUCUGGUAUACUACACACUGGCAACAUCUGGAUCGCUUGAGAUUGGCGAGCUGCUUUCUCGUGUCAAGUUUCUGGCUGUUUUUGAGAUGGAACUGUUUCUGUGCGAGUAUAGGAGUGUCUUUAAGACAAAUGUGCUGAAUGGGACAAGAAUAAUUUCGUUAGGAAUAUUCAUGGAUCCGUUUGAAUGA